UAUGUGUGUUGGAGCUGGUGUAGCCUAGAGAUAAAGUGAAAGAGAAAGAUAAAGAAAUUUGCAGGCAGAAGUAAAGUAAUUAUUAAAUAAAUAAGAAAACUGAAGUAAAGUAUCUAAAGUUGUCGCUUGUUGCAAUAAUAACAAUUUAAACGGCUUGUUUUGAAGUUCAGCCAAGGGCCUUGAUUUAAAAGGUUUGCUGUGGUCUGAUUGGUCCACUCUCACACGUUGUGGGCGGGGCUUGUUUGGGGGCUGCUGCUGCAGUGAAAGAUAUGAGGGGAAGAGGCGGAUAGAGUCACUCGACCUGGGAAGUUUGGAGCGUCGAAAUCCAACAGGAGCUCGCCGGUAACAGCAGCGGGGAGCCCGGUCGCGUGCUCCCUGCGGUCGUUGGCUCAUUUCCUACCCGAGAAUUCCCGAGUGUCGGCGUCGUGACUGAAAACCAGCCGAAAAGUGGAGUCCAGAAUGAGCCAGCAGCAGCAGGUGCGCCGACGGACAGGUUAAUUAAAAGCCUCGCAGGGCUGGUUUUUGGCGGCGCGCGGGUUUGUUUUUAUUGACAUCAUGGAGCAGCAACAGUUUUCGCCCUCCUCGUCUUCGAGUUCGCGCACCAUCUCCGAGCAGGACGACACGUCGGCUGCAGAAAACUUGAACUCUGGUGGAAACGGAGCGGAGGAGUGCGGAAAACAUGAAGAGGAGACGCAAGGAAAAGACGGAGAAGAAGAUGAAGAUGAC